AUGAUUAAUGAACGUCAUUCAUUUACAACGACAACAACAACACCAACAUCAACACGUUUUACAUGCAAUCAAGCAUUAAUCCAGUCGCAAGGUCCUUACUGUGAUGGGGGUUGCGCAGUUGCAACAGCUAUUCCUCUUAUGUGUAUAAAGAGCGUUAGUCCAUCAACUUGUGCAAAUAGUAUUUAUAAUUCUGUGGAAGUCAAUCAAGGACUAAUUUGCACUGAUUUUAAUGUUUAUUUAUCAAUCAGUAGUGGCGCUACGUAUAAAAAAGUUAGCCUGAGUAAUAGUACCGACAUUUAUAUAUCAUAUAACAGCAGUGCUUGGGCAACUGAAAUAGGUGCAAAUAAUUGGGCGGUCACAACACAUAUUGAUUUGACUCAACGACCUCUUAAUACAUCUCCUGGUCUGUAUCCUCCUAUAAUUAACCGUUUUCUCUUCUAUACACUUGUUUUUCAUUUAGUCACUGGUUCACUACCCUUAAUACGUUGCCGCGUAGGCCAGGUAUGCACUAUUCAAAUACCAAUUGCUGAUUGGGAUACUGGUAAUGUGUUGCGAUGUCGAUGGUCAACAGGUUCGCCAGUCGAUGAAUGCGGAGAUAUUUGUUUUACUGGAUCAGCAACCAGUUCAUUUUCAACGGCACAGUUAUCCACGUCUGACUGCACAAUAACGUGGCUUGCCGCUUUUAAACCUAGUCAAACCCAGUCAACAUAUGUGGCAGCUAUCACCGUCGAAGAUUUCGUUAAUAAUGCAAGUUUAGUAGCUUUAAGCUCUGUUCCAUUGCAAAUGUUGAUUCUGGCUUACGCGCCCCUUGCUGGUGUACGUCCAAAUCGAGCAUGCAUCGGUGUUCCGAUCAAUGUCACAUUGACCGAAACUAUUAUUGCUCAGGUCUAUUGUGCUAAUAGUUCAAUCACAGAGUUUUUAACGAGUACGCCAAUGUACAUGACAAAGACGUCUGUGCUUCCAGUCGGAGCAUCAGCGCCAACCAGUUAUUACAUUACAAUGACAUGGACACCAACUGAAGAUCAAUAUGGUCCUCAGGUGUUUUGUGCAUCACCCAUCGAUAACAAAGGCUUGUCUGGUUCUCAAUAUUGCAUCAACUAUGUCGUUGGUCUUGGUAGUCCUGAUUUAAUACAAUCAGCCUAUAUUAUUGGCACUCAAUCACCCAUCGGUGUCGUAUUUUCAAAUCAAUCGAUUUUUAGUGUACAAGGUAAACAAUUCUAUCUGACUAUAGGUUUCUGACGAUGGAAAAAAAUUAUUCAGGUCCAUAAAACGGCCCGUUAAUGGCCACUUAACGGUCACACAACAAACGGCACGUUAAAAAGUUCUCAAAACGGCAAACAAACGGACAGGAAACAAGCUGUUAAUUUGACCAUUUUAGUGUGGACAUUUCACGGUCGAAAAAUUGUCUGAAAACG